GCAAAUCCGUAGUAAUCCAAGGUUAUGCCUAUCAGCAACAAGACCCAUGAGUCAGAUAAUUACGUUUAUGUUAUACUUUUACUAUAUUCAUGUUUAUGUUAUAGUUUAAAGGCAUAGACUGUGGUUAGCAUCUGCCAAAUUAGCAACAGUGCUUCCUGAGAGUAUUAACUCAGGGCUAAAGUCGACGGGGAUUUUAAGAGUGCGCGGGUUAAUUACAAAUUGUCAACACCGCCAUUGUUUUGCUAACGCUAACGUUGGUUAUUAAAUGGGCGAAAUAGCUGUCUCACCAGCUUUCACACGAUUAUAUACUUAUUCCUAACUUGAUUUUUAGAGAGCGGGUUCAUUUAAAUGCAUCCCGGGGGCUAACAUAAGAGCAGAAAACAAAAUGAUAGCUAGGUUAGCUAACUGUUAGCUUGGGUAUCGCUGUCGUAAACAGUCGUCUAACGUUACCGUUAAAAGACAGAAAUAGCCAGGUGACAUAAAUGGAAACAAAGUACCCUACCUUGAGGAGACCAAAGAGGAAACUCUGCUACUUUACAAACAAGGAAAGUCCGUCUAAAGAAUGGACAGAGCCGCUGACAUUGGGAGACAUUGAUAGGAUGUUUGAUGACUUGGAUCCGUCCUCACGUGGUAAUGAUGACUUACUUCCCCCAUCUCCCCUGCUCCAGACCUCAGAUAGUGAGGCAAACCAGAGUGAGAGAGAGACUUCACCGAUCCCACAGGAAGAACACCUAAUGGAAAAACUUCCAAGAUGCCAAAUGGGUUCUGAAGGAGAUGUACUGCAUCCUGCAACAAGGUCACCCAGUCCUAAACUAGACGUUGAUUUGGACUUCCCAUUUAAAGCGCAUGGGCCAGUGAAGACAUCCAGCCCUAUUGAAGAGAAUAUGGUUGUUCAAGAUGUAGAAGAGCUGGAGAAUGAAAAAGACCAAGUUGUGUCCCCAAUUCUCUUUGCCUGUGAAGAUGAAGGAAAAGAAGAGGCAAAGACAGAGCCUCUACCCACCCAGAAAACCCAGUGCAAUGAGCUCAUCACAGAGGAAAGUGAUGACUUUGAGUUGGAUUCUCCUCCAAGCAAGGUUGCUUUAAGCAAACCCAAGAUGUCCAGUCACAAAAACAAGGUUGAGGGAUCAUGCAAAGAGAGCCACCCGGUCAAAGAAAAAAUAGCCAAGAAACCUCAAACAGCUGUUGUGGAGGGCAAAAGAAAAGCACCAAGGCAAGAAAACACAGACCCACCUGUGUCAGCAGUGAGACAGACGCCUGGACUCGCAGCUCCUAAGAAAAACUCAGGAAGUGCUCACAGGCAGCCACCGGUGGAGGUGUCCACCCGUGUGGGAAAAGACAUGACGGCUUUUCUACAGAAGCUUAGAGAUGCUGGACAGCCUAAACCUGCAUGUUCCCAGAAGUCUCUAUCACCAAUAAAAGUACCCACUCCUCCUCCUGAGCCAGAGGAUGAUUUCCUGAUUCUGGAGGAUGAUACACCUCUUUGGUUUUCCAUCCCAAGUAAAACUGCCACCAGUAAGAGACAGAAACAGAGCAGAACUUCCAGCACCGACAAAGACAGCUCAACAGACAAAGGGACGAAUGAUAGCCCACUAGAGACUGCACAAAAACAGCAGGAAUCUGAACAGGACAACAGAAAACUAGGAAGUCAGACUGUCAAUCAGAAAAUGAAGAAGACGAAAGGGAAAGAUAAGAAGAAUGAGGUGACUAAGUCUGUAAAUGAUAAGGAUGAAUUCUGCGGUCCUGAGGAUCUUCCUGCAGGUGACUUGAUGGAACAAGAGAAACCAAACAAAAAGAAACAACGACUUAAGAAGGUACCAUCUAAAGAAAGUGACAAGGCAGAGGAGCAACCCAAAGACACAGCCAGCAGGGAGACAGGUGAGGAAAAACCUACUCUGAAGAUGGAAAAGAAAGCUCAGAAGUCGUCUGACGCGAAGAGAUCAACGUCUUUAAAAGAUGGGAAUGAAAAUGCCAAGACACGCAGGGCUAAGUCAUUAAAUGGCAACAGAAAAGUGACGCAGGGAUCUGAUGCAAUAAAGGAGACGGUGUAUGUUGAGGCUGUGAAGGAACAAAGUCAGAGCAGUGAGGAGCAUGCUGAUGCUGAAGACCUGGGUUCUCAUUCAGACAAAGAAAUCAUGAAUUUUGAAGCACACAACAAUAAUAAACACAACAAACUACUGGAUGUGCCUGAAGGGAGUCUGUCUGAAGACAGUCAGAUUCUUGGGAAAAGGAAAAGGAGGCAGACUGGACAGUGGUGGUUGAGCCGUCCUCAGAGCACAGAGGAAACCAAGGUUACAGACAACCAGCCUACACUGAAGAAGUCAAAGCAGAACAACAAAAAGCCCAGCACAGCAGUACCUUCAUCUGUAAAGACUAAGAAGGACAGAGUUUUAUUAAAGAGAAGAAAUCAGACACAAACUGCACUGUCAUCCAGUCAGAACACAAAUAAAGCUAAAGAAAAGAAAACCAAGCAGAACAAAAACAGAAAUACAAGAGGAGACACAUCAGACAAGAUCAAAGCAACAGACAAAGUAUAUAACGCGAUUGAGGCAGAGCAGAUUGAAGCGCAGCAGCAGGAAAUCCUGAACCAGGACCCGGAUCUUGUACAGUCUAGCCCUUUGGACCUUACACACAGAGACCACAACCUUAACUCAGGGGAUCAGGUGUUUCAAAGAGUAUACCAUCACGUCUCAAAUGAAAAAAUGUCCGUUACACCAACUCCCGUCUCUCCCAGAAGACCUAGGGAGCAGCUCAGGACAGCAGAACCAGGGAAACGGAGGAGGAAACCUCCCAGUAACUGGUGGACAGUAGAUGGCAUGUCCGAGGUUGUGGAGAGCAUCUCGUCACAGCCUCAGCAGCCCAAACCUAAGGAAAGAAAAAAGCGGUCUAAAAUGAGCAGAUCACCUGCACUUGGGACUCCCAAAAAAGGCAACACAGCAGUCUCAUCAAAACCACUAGGGGGAACUCCUGUGCCUCAUCUGAAAGUGAAGCCAUUGUCAGCUCCAAAGACCGUCAAACGCUCUCUGGCCACGUUUAAAAACAUUUUCACCUCAGUCACAGAGACCCCGACUGUGGUCAGCAGCAGAGCAGCAGGUCAGAAUAUCAGUAAGACUAAUAAAGAUGUUCUCAGUAUGGAUGCUGGUGAAUCCAACAGCCCUCCCAACCAUGAGACCCCACAGGACAGCAAGUGUCAGUCAGAGAACAUGUUACAAGCCCUCAUAAGUGGGCCGUCAUCCAUGAUUGAGUUGGAACAGUAUGAGGAGAAUGACGACUUGAUUCUGCCAUCAUCCAGAGUCCACGCUGUCCUCUCUGUAUCAGAUCUGUGUGCUCCUCCUCUCAAACCGCUGAUCUUACAGCCGAAGGAUAAGGCCAACCUGACAGAGUGGUUCAAGAGCCUCUGGUCUGCCACUGUCGACAAUGGUUCUGAGAUCACUCCAGACCAGUUUGAUUGGUACUUCUAUCAAGGCAGAGCUAUUGGCUUCCUGGUGGACCUGAACUGUGGCUCCAUUUGUAAUGGAAAAAUCCUGCUGGGCUCCUAUAUGAAGAAGCCUCUCUGGGUGGAUCACAGCGCCACAACAGUUUUUAACUUAUUAACAAGCUCUGUGAGUGUAACCAUUGAUGGCAGCGAAUCCCGCUUCAAUCCAGGACAAUCCUUUAUGGUGAAAUGUGGACAUGCUUACAGCAUCCAAAACGUCACUGCACAGCCUGCAGUUCUGUACUUCACCAGGAUAUUAGCUGAAAGUUCAGAUUGAAGUUAUAACCAGCCACAUGUUACUAUGAAAUGACCAAACGCCUAAAUAUGUAAAAGAAAGAAAGAAAAAACACUGGGGAUGAGUGACAUUAUUUCUGUAUUUAAAUUUACUUACUUUCUGUAUUGUAAUGAGGUGUAAAUAGAAAAUGUUUGGCCAUACAUUUUUAAUGGACUUAUUUGAUCCUUAGCUAUGCUUCAGAUAAAACCGAAGCAAAAAUAACUCUUAAAUAAAGUUUUUUUUUUUGUGCUUUUUGUUA